GCUGGGCAGGGGUGGAGCUGCUGCUGGUGCUGUGCGGCCUGGACGCGUCGCUGCCCUGCCCGCACCACUGCAUCUGCUACACCUCCCCCAGCACCGUGUCGUGCCAGGCGCACAACUUCCAGGCCGUGCCCGAGGGCAUCCCGGCGCAGAGCGAGCGCGUCUUCCUCCAGAACAACAAGAUCCAGAGGCUGCUCCGCGGCCACUUCUCCCCCACCACCGCCACGCUGUGGCUCUACUCCAACAAUAUCUCCUACAUCCAGGCGUCCACCUUCCACGGCUUCGACCGCCUGGAGGAGCUCGACCUGGGGGACAACCGUCACCUGAGGGCCCUGGCUCCGGACACCUUCCAGGGCCUAGGGCGGCUCCACGCGCUGCACCUCUACCACUGCGGCCUGCUGACUCUGCCCGGGGGGAUCUUCCAGGGCCUCAACAACCUGCAGUAUCUCUACCUACAGGACAACCACCUUGAGUUCCUGGAGGACGACCUCUUCAUCGACCUCCUGAACCUCAGCCACCUGUUCCUGCACGGGAACCGGCUUUGGAGCCUCCACCAGAACACGUUCCGGGGCCUGGGGGUCCUCGACCGCCUCCUCCUCCACCAGAACCGCCUCCAGUGGGUCCACCGGCUGGCCUUCCACGACCUGCGGCGCCUCACCACCCUCUACCUGUUCAACAACUCCCUGACGGAGCUGUCGGGCGCCACCUUGUCCAUGCUGCCCGCCCUGGAGUACCUGCGCCUCAACGACAACCCCUGGGAGUGCGACUGCAAGGCGCUCUCGCUCUGGGACUGGCUGAGGAGGUUCCGGGGGUCCACAUCGGCGCUGGGGUGCGCGUCGCCCCCCGAGCUGGCGGGCCGGGACCUGAAGCGCCUCCGGAAGGAGGAGUUGCCCAGCUGCCCCGUGGAGGGCGGGGGGGCGGGGGAGAGCGAGUCCUUGAAGAAGGAGGACGGACAUCGGAGGAACCAGCCCCGGCACAACCACAACCCCCACCUGCACCCGCACCUGGCCCACGGGGACCAGCACAACCUGCCCGCGCCCACGCCCCUGCCACGGCCGCCCAGGGCAGGCCGCAGGAACUGCACCCGCCACCGGGGGAACAAGGGCAAGGGGGACCAGAAUGAGGUCCAGGUACUGAAGGAGGGGCAGGAGGGGGAUUAUGUCCCUGGGGGCAGCAAAUUCGACCCAUCUGCCCCCCCUCGGAGGAAGAACAAGUGUCCCCCCAGAACUUCAGUCGGCCCGCCCAGUGGGGUCCAGAGAGCCAAUAGCAAAGCGGCGUCCCACCCCGCCGGGUGUGUUCUCUGCGUCCUAUUGGCUCUGCAGCUGUCACUCACUGCUGUGAUCCUACGCUGAGAUGGGGAGAGGGAUUUGCGAUUGGUGGCGCUGCUAUCUAAUAAUAUAUACUCCUCUGAUGAACCCUGCUCCAAAUCUGAGGCUUUGUGCGUCUGUGUGUGUGUGUUUACAUGUGUGUGUGUUUAGAUGUACUGUGAUGAAGUGUACAGUACCUGUCACGUGAAGCAGGGAUGAUAUUUGGGAAGCCAUUUGAAUAUGUAUGAGUCAGGGAAAAAAAGAACUGGUGCACUUUGAUGAUGUCACACCUUGGAGAAAACCAGGAGAAAAACCAAACAUAGCCAGACAGACUUCCAGUCCGGUCACCAUAGAAACUCCUUCGUACACACAAGGAUUUCAAACGCAUAGAAAACAGCUGGAGUUCGGUUCCAUGCUAGGGUUAGGGUUAGCUACCCUCCCGAUGUCAACAUAGGGCAGGCUUUCACAGUUCUCUUAUAUAUCUGGGAUAAUCCCUAGACCACUUUUUGGCUCAGUCACGGUCAUGUCCCUGCCCUGUAAACUUUGAUCUCACAUGUUGUCUAAGUUGACCAGAAGCUUUCUCCCAAAUCAAUUAGGAUAACAGACACACACACUCACACACCUCAGCGACACUGUCACCUCAUUCUGCGGUGUGUCUCCGUUCCGCUCCGCUCUAAUCGAGUUAAUGACGCCAGUGUCCCUGUAGUUUCGCACCACAACACCGCUUGUUUACCGGAUACAAGGCCCCCGCGUCCUAGCAACCGCAUCUUAGCAACCCCUCCCCCCCUGGCGACGGAGACGGGAGGGGAACACGAUCAGGCCUCUUAUUAUACGGGUCGCGCGUCAACACUCCUGAGGUGAUCCCAAAUCAAAACACGCUCCGUGCCACACUGUCAUAACUACUCACGAUAAGCCAUACAGGGAUCUGAGCAGGAGGACUCCGUUUUCCAAGGCACUUUGUUGCGUAACGUCUGUCCGUGUGUUCGGAGGUGGUGGUGUGUGGACUCUCUGUUUCUAUCUAGGCUGUUUCUAUCUAGGCUGUCCGGGCUAUCAAUAGGUAACAAUAACCACUGACCCGGUGAGAAAUGACAAGGCGUGUGUGAGUGUGUGUGUGUGUUUGUGUGUGGGGCAGGUGAACGCAAGGGCAGCAGUGAGGGGUGAGACGGGUGAGAGUGCCUAUGGUGAGCUGGGAAAGCAGGGGUCAAGGGUCAACCAUGGCUUUUCCCCCUCUCAGUCCCACAGCCAAUUUAGCUGUCGGAGCCCACCAUAUAUGGGCAUUGCGAGGGUUGUUUCCUCUGACAGAGAGGAAGAACAAUCACAACAAACAGCUCCAAAGGUCCUUAUUAAAGACUACAGACAACGCAGGAAACGACGGAAACUCUGGAAUGUUAUGCAGCUGGCAGCCUUCCCUUUGUGACCUGUGGAGGGCCAAGGGACAGACUGAGCCGUGACCAGGCACUGUUCGGGUAGGAGCGGCCGACCAUAACCAUGGACCUAAUGGCGCGUCACCGCUGUCUGACGCCGUGGCAUGGAAGAAGGUCCCGGAAACGUCCGUGGUCGUUCUCGGUGAGACGUCAGAAGACAGGGAGGAAAGCGAUGGAGGGGACGGAAGGGUGGUUCACCUUCAGUCCCACACAGGGGGAGUGAGGGGUUCAUAUUAAGGGGCCCCCAGUUUGGAUUGGGUGCAGGGAAGUCUGGAUGGACAGGGCCUAGAAUUCUUGCCGACGACCCAGACCAACCCUUUUCUGCCCCCAUAGAACUCUACCAACCUAGAUGUUCCCCACCCACAAGUCCCUGUAGACAAGUCAGGUCACUCCAACCCUGGUCUGGAGACACGCUGGAGCUCGUCAUGUUGCUACACAGCUAGCACAGAUAAUACGUGCUCACAUUUAAACCUGUUAGCUCCUGUGGUUAGACGGUUGCCGGCUAGGUUAAGAGUUGCAGUUGUAGCUACAGUAGCUAUGCUAAGUGUUGAAGUAUUUGCUAGCAAAGCUAUGAGUUGCAGCUGAAGCUAGCUUGGCUAAAAUGUAAGUUGGAGCUGCGGCUACCAAAGCUAAGAGUUAAAGCUUUAGCUAGCUAAGCUAAGAAUUGGAGCUCUAGCCAAGCUAAGAGUUGAGGUCGUAGCUAUCUUAGCUAAGAGAUGGAGCUACGGGUAGCUAAGCUACGAGUCAAAGCGCAAGCUAGCUAAGCUGAGAAAUGGAGCUACAGCUAUCUAAGCUACGAGUUAAAGUGCUAGCUAGCUAAGCUGAGAGAUGGACCCGUAGUUACUUUGGCUAAGCUCAGAUAACUCAGCUAACUCAGCUAAUGGCGAAACGGUGGCGGUCCUAGACCAGAGUUGGAGACCUCCACUGUAGAAGAUAUUUGUGACGCUGUAAAACCCUAAAGAUGAUGUAAAUUGACUUUGUGUCCGUUCGUUCCUGUGAGGGUGACUUUUGUAACAAAAGAGAAUCUGGCACCGUCUGCAAUAUCCCCGAAAAGAGGGGAGUGGGACGGAACUUUUUGUAUUUGUAAAAAAAAAACAAGUUUUGUCUUUCUUUGUUUCACUGACUCAUUUCAGAUAAACGCUACACUGUUCUGACUCCCUCGUCCUUCAAUUCUUUUCUUCUCUUCCCUCCUCUACAUCUCCCGCUCAUUUUCCCUUUCUAUCUACCCCCUUUUCCCGCCUCUCUUUUGUGAAAUCCUAAUGUUUUGUGUGCGGUUAUCGAAAAACGCCAGACUCAAAAGCUGUUUAUAAAUAACAUUAAA